AUGACUCUCGUCGACGAGCCGGAGCCCGUACACUGGAAUCCAGUCAAGGCUUGCCUCCUUAUCCUGUCAUUGACCACCCACUACAUUUGCGAACUACUCUUCAUCGUCGGUUCAGGCGUCUACGCCCGCGACAUUGCUGAGGUGGUUGGAGGAGCAGAAAUCUCAUCAUGGUGCAUUUCCGCCGUCACCAUCCUGACCGCUGCCUUUGCUCCACCAAUUGCUCAGGCGGCUGAUUUCUGGGGUCGGAAAUGGCUACUGGUUGUGCCCACGUUCCUGGGCUUCAUUGGCAGCAUCGUCGUCGCCACGGCACAGUCCAUGCAGGUUGCCAUCAUUGGCUUUGCCAUCGGCGGCGCCUCUUUCGGGGCCCAGCCCCUCGUGCAUGCCGUGGCCUCAGAGAUUUUGCCACGAAAGCAUCGAUCCUAUGCACAGUCAACCGUUAACAGCUCUAUCGGGGUAGGGGCAAUCAUCGCCCUGACCGUUGGUAGCGCCCUCACAAACAACAAUCCUGCUGGAUUCCGGACCUACUGGUAUCUCUGUGCGGGUCUCUAUGUCUUCUCAUCGGUCGCCAUGGCCCUACUAUACAACCCUGCACCCCGAGAGCUUCAGCUCACAAUGACCUUUGGCGAAAAGAUUCGUGCUCUGGACUGGAUAGGAUUUCUCUUAUUCAAUGCAGGCCUCGUGACGUUCUGUGUUGGCCUCUCAUACUCUCAGAAUCCAUUCCCCUGGACCAACGCUCACGUUCUGGCACCCUUUUUAACUGGCGUUGUGAUUCUCGCCACGCUCGUUCUGUACGAAGUCAAAUUCAAGAAGGACGGCCUCUUCCACCACGGCUUGUUUCAGCACCGAAACUUCCCCAUCGCUGUCACUGCCGUAGCGAUCGAGGGUCUGGUCUUUGUGGCCGCCAGCAACUAUUACCCUUUUGAGAUGGCCACGGUCCUUGCUGGAAGGAUAUCUAGCUUCCGGGUGGCGGUAUGCUUUGCGAUUGCCUUCGUGGCCCUUUUUGCGAUCGCGAAUGUCGUGGGGGCCUAUAUUCACAGGACAAAGACCGUCCGGGGACCCGCAAUGGCGUCCUUUGUCGGCUUUAUCAUCUUCGGUGCCGUCUCUGCCAACAUCAAGAGCUCGACGCCCGAGGCGCAUUUCUGGGGCUUCGUCAUCUUCUACGGCAUUGGAUUAGGGAUCUGUCUCAUCACCCUUCUUACAAUGGCUCAACUCGCGACCCCGCCCGAGCUGAUCUCGAUCACGUCGGGACUGAUGGCUUCGAUGCGUUCCUUCGGUGGCGCGGUUGGCGUCGCCAUCCAACUGGCCAUUUUCAACAGCGGUCUGAACUCGAAUCUCGUGCCUCAAGUCACUGCCGCAGUGGAGCCCUUGGGUCUGAACGCGACGUCGAUUGGACCUCUGAUUGCCGCUUUGGGCACGGAGAACCGCACACUCAUCCAAGCAGUCCCGGGCGUGAACCAAGAGAUUAUCGAGGCGGCCGAGACUGCCAGGACUGAUGCCUUUGUCAUCGGCUUCCGUGAUGUGUGGAUUAGUGUUGCAGCAUUCGCUGCAUUUGGGAUCUUCAUCUGCUACUUUGUUAAAAAUCCCAAAGCAGAGUUUAACUCUUCAAUCGACGCCCCCCUCGAGGGUACUGCUCGAGUCCGUGAGCUCGAAAAGCCGCGCGUCAGUAUCCGGGACAGUGACACUUCGCCUGCUGAUAUGGGCGCGGCAUUGGAAUAG